AUGGCCGACACCACGACGAAGCAGAACCCGGCGUCUUACGUCGGGGUGAGCAAGGUCGUCGAGACGGACUAUCCGCUCAUCGACAAUGAUCCCCAUUUCAAGCGUGUCGUGGGAUAUGCGCGGACAUCAGACUACGUUGCCGGCGCCACUGCGGCGGCCUUUGGCCCGGCGGCGCUCUUGACCCUCGAGAGGUUUGCGCCGUCUCACGUGGGCAAGGGCGGGUUCGCCAAGGCCAUGCGCCUGGCCGGCUUCAUCGGCCUGGCGGGCGGUUUUCUCUAUUUUUACCAACGAUCGUGCCUGCGGCUCUACGGCGCGACGGAAAACGCUCGCGAAGUGGAAAUGGACAUGCGCGAGAUGGUGGACAAGGUCAAGGCCGGGCAGCCGCUGUACGGCGAGAGCAAGCUGAGUCCGUACCUGCAGGGAGUGGCAGCGCGGCAGAGCAGGUACUCGGCACUCUUCUUCAGCGCGAUCCCGUGGUUCAACUUUGUCAACCACAACCAGCACGGCGUCGACACGGCAAAGUACUACCAGCAAGCAGAGCGGGAGCUCGAGGCGGAGCGGACGAGCAAGGGGCAGUGA